GUUUUCCUCUCAACAUCUGAAAGAUUUCGUACGAUUAGUGGAGACAAAAUAGGAUGGACUUAUGAAGGAGAUAUUGGCCCUAUUAGUUUAUCCUCCGUACAGAACCAUUUGACAUACUUCUUACCAUUGGAUAACGGUCCCAACCCACAAAUAGGAAGCGAAUAUGAAUUUGAAUCUCUUCCCUUGGAAACUAUAUUUUCAAUAGGAGUAUUGAUCGAUAUAAGUAAGAGGCAACGUUUUGUGCCAUUAGAGUGGUCGCAAAUAUUCACUCUCUGUCUUCUCACAUUCAGCGAUGACUGGUAGGGCACCUAGCGGGGCACCGAAUAUUUUCACGAAGAUGGCCGAAUAUUCU